CUCUGCAACCCAGAACAGCCACAGAGCACGAGCUGUCACUGGGAAAGGUCUCUGCAUCCUGAGCAAAGAGAGCCAGGAGCAGGGAACAUGAAGAUCAUUCCAGUUUUACUCUUCCUGGCCCCCCUGGCUCUCCCAGCUGGAGCUGACAAGGAUUUUUUCUCCGUGGGUUCUGCCGCAUCUCCCGAAACAAAAUCGAGAUUUGCGAUGCUGGACGACGUCCGAAUCUUGGCCAAUGGGCUCCUCCAGCUGGGCCACGGCCUCAAAGACUUUGUCCACAAGACCAAGGGGCAGAUGAACGACAUCUUCCAGAAACUCUACAUUUUUGACAGGUCCUUUUAUGAGCUCUCCCUGCAAACCAGCGAAAUUAAGGAGGAAGAAGAACAGCUCCGGCAAACCACGGCCAGGCUGCAAAUCAACAAUGAGGAGAUAAAGAACCUCUCACAGGAGAUGAACCUGAAGAUUGAAGACCUCAUCCAAAACAAAAUCCAGCUGCAGGAGCAAGUGUGGGGACUGGAGGACAAGGUCACCAAACUGGCCAUUUUCCAGCCUUCGGUGCAAGAGACAAAAGAAAUUUCUUCACUCAAAGCUUUUGUGGAGCAGCAGGACAACGACAUCAAGCAGCUCCUGAGAAUCGUGGAGGACCAGCACGUGCAGCUGGACAGGCAGCACAACCAGAUCAUGGAGCUGGAGGACAAGCUAAACCACAUUGAGCUCCUGGAGAUCCUGGAGAAUUCCUUCCUGGGGGAGCAGCAGGAAGCAGAGCCCAUCCCCUCUGCUGUGCACAGGCCCACGGCUGGGACAUACAGAGCUGAUGGUGCUGCUGCUGACUGCACUGCCCUCUACCACACUGGGGUGCAGGCCAGUGGGGUCUACACUAUUCAGCCCAAUGGCUCAGAAGCUUUCAAUGUCUACUGUGAAAUGAAAUUUGGCACAUCCUGGACUGUAAUCCAGAAGAGAGUGGACGGAUCGCUGGAUUUCAACCAAACUUGGGAUGCCUACACAAAUGGUUUUGGUGACCUCAAUGAGGAAUUCUGGCUGGGCCUGAAGAAGAUCUACUCCAUCACCCAGCAGGGGAAUUACCUGCUGCGGAUCGAGCUGCAGGACUGGAGAGGGAACAGGAGGCACAUCGAGUACAGCUUCAGCCUGGGGGGCCCCAGCACCAACUUCACCCUGCAGCUGUCCAGGAUGUCAGGCAGCAUUCCCAACGCGCUGCCCGAGCACGCCCGGCUGCGCUUCUCCACCGCCGACCGCGGGGACACGGCCGCGGGCUCCGGCUGCCCCCAGAGCCACCCAGGAGGCUGGUGGCACAGUGAGUGUGAGGAAACCAACCUGAACGGGAACUACGUCACACCAAGGUCCAGGGGAAGGCAGGACAGAGGAAAAGGUUUGUACUGGAAGCCUAAGAAAGGAAGAUACUACCUGCUCAAGUCAACUAAAAUAAUGAUCCACCCAACAGACUUAAAAAGCUUUUACUGAGUGCUCAACCUGCUGCAUUUUAACUCAGAACAAACACAAUGAACUUCACCACACCAAAGGACUUGAUGCUGUGUUUACCAACAGAUGCCAAGCCCCAAUCCAUGCCCUGCAUGGAAUUUCUCCAAAAAAUAAACCUGAGGCAUCUGAGAUGGUCUUACAAAAAAUGUCUGGUGAGUACUGUCAUUCCCUCAAGCCCCAAUGUCAAUGUGCUGCAACUUUUUGUGGAGCUUUUCCUUGCCCACAGUGAAAUUCUAAUGCCUAGGAGCCAACCUGUCACAUAUUGGAUUGUAUUGUUUGGGGGAAUGGGUUUUCAGGCUGUGCAUUCCUUUCUGGGUUGUGUAAUAGGGAAAACAAAACGUGUUUUCUGGGAACAAAGGGCUGGCAAAACCCUACUGAAAACAUUCAGGGGAAAAAAAAAAAGAAAUUUUGUGUCUUGAAGUAACGAAUUGAAUGUUUGGUUCAUGUUUUUAUUGUGGAAUGUUUCAGGAGCAAAUGAAAGAUGGGUAAUUGCUGGUUUUAGGGCUCUGGGUAUUUCCAGACAGUUUUCCAGAAGUGCAGCUGAGGCCAAUCCGUGUUCUCUGGAGCUCUGUGUAGGUGUGUCACACACAGGGGGCCAGAGCAGUUCUGCUCCUCUGGAUCCCACAGGGCAGCUGCACAGCUGGGGCUGCCCUCUGCAAGUGAAGAGCCAAACUUCAAACUCACUGAAAGGAGGAAGAGAUCUGCUCUCCUCACCUGAAAUGAAUCAGAGCCCAGACUUUGUGACCUUUCAAUCCAACCAGCUAAGGAAUUAAAUAAACAACCAAGUGAGCACACACCAAAACACCUUUCACUUAGGGAACAGCUGCUCCAAUGGGGUCAAGGGUGCCAACCCACAAACCCAGUAGGCACAACCCAUGGGACAGGGCUGGUCCAGCUCCUGGGGACACUCACAUGUUGAACUUCAGCUGCAGAACACUGAGUGACAGCCCUGGGCUGGCCCUGGAAGUGCUGACUGACAAACCCCAGUCCUGCAGUUCCCCUGAGUCAUAUUGACUUGUUUAUCUUCCCCAACCCUUGUACAGUGUGGGUUUUUUAUCUCAGCACAGGAAAUGGUUUUGGUUGUCAUUUGUCAGAGUGAAACCCCAUGAACAGAAUGUGUUAAUUACAGAAAUUCUGCAAUAAAAAUCCUUUUCCUUCUCGUGGGUUUGUUACAGGGAUGAGAUCAUGCAGUGUUGCUUAUUUGUACUGGUUUACUGUAAUGUUAAAUUACCUGUCCAAUAAAUAAAUAGACAAAUAAAUAAAUGGCUGAGACUUUUCAAAAUACAGGAUAUGGAACUUGCCUCAAAACCCUUCUUGUAAGCUUUGAUUUGUAAGAACCUGGUUUGUAUCUAAAUUUAAAUAAAGGAUUUGCUAAGUUGGUGAAAUCA